AGGGAACAGAAGAAAAUCCUGCAAGAUUGGGUAUUUUGGCAUUUGUUUGUGGAGAUGGUGCAGUACGUACUAUCGUUGUUCCUCAUCCAAACUAUGUUCGAACCUCCAUGUGUGCCAAUGUAUCAGAAACAGUUUAUCUGCGGAUCAACUCAUCGCGAUGUGUAUUUAACCUUGGUAUAUCAAAACCAUUGACUUUUUCAUGGGGAGGACACAAAAAGCUAGCUGUCGGAUACACAUCUGGAAAUGUAGUGGUUUGGAAUGUUGAAAAAGCACUUCAUGAUGAACAAAGUCGUACAGGAGAAAGCACACGUCGUUGUGUCAUAUUUUCUAGCAAUGUUUUAGACGCUGGUAUCCGAAGUUUGUGCUGGAAUGGCGUAAGAGAUCCUGAAAGAAUGAUAAUAGGUGGACUUGAUGGACGUUUAGUGCAUUUGGACACAAAUGAUCCUCAUAUAAAUUUACUUAUUAACAGAGCUCGAGGUAAGAUGUACGCUCCUUUCUUUUUAAAUGAAAACCUUAUGCUAUUCAAUAUAGGUGUACAGUUGAACUGUGGUUGGCAAGGGCACGAUACAAUCAUGCUGUAUGUUGAUGCUGAUGGCUUAACAAGAGGAUGUGCCUUUAAUGCCGACGGAGGUCUUUCAUUUAACAAGCUUGGUGAUUGCACUGGUAUGUGCUGGUCGAUAGGAACAUCAGAACAUCACGGUCAUUUUGCUUUAAGUACAGCUAUAGGGUGGGUUAGAACAAGUAAUAUGUAUCAAGUCAAGUUAAAAAAACUGUUAAUUACCCAAAAUACUGUUUACAAGUUACAUUACAACCAUGAUACUGGCAUAUAUCGAUACAUAGAUGGUAUAGGACCUCAAACUUUGGAUGAAGCAAAAAAACUACCUGUAUAUUCGCAAUAUGGUGAUUCACAAAUGUCGAUUCAAAAGGUUGCUUGGAACCCCAACAAACCUACAUGUGCAUUUCUUGCUUCUGGUGGUGCAGCGGGUCUUUGUCGCAUUGAUUUUGAGGGAAGAGGCUCAAAUUGGGAAUAAAAAAAGGGGAAAAGGAUGGAUAAAUCUUAAGGCAUCGUGCCUUAACUAUCGUGGGAUUUCCUUAGUAUUUUGAUAUCAGCUCCAUCUUUAUAAACCAAUCGGUAAUUCAUUUAUGACAAGCCCUUCUUUUUUUUUUCUCUUUCUUCUUUA